AGGUCACCAUGGCAGCCCUCCGACCUCUUACCAAGCCGAAGAUUGUCAAGAAGAGGGUUAAGAAGUUCAUUCGCCAUCAGUCUGACAGAUAUGUCAAGGUCACGGUGAGAGCAUUUGCUACACGCAUAACAUCAAAGAUGAUAGAGCUCCAUUUAUUAAUAUAUGGGUGCGUGUUGUGUAAUUUGUAGAGCGAGCUACGCUUUUCAGACAUUACACAUGCAGAGAGGCAAAGGACAUUGAUAUCCCUCGAGCAUAGUAGUUGAAAGUAACGUUGAUCAUAACUGCUUUAGUAAGUAACAUCUCUUCGUUUGUCCCCCCCCUCCAGAAAAGCUGGCGUAAGCCCAGGGGUAUUGACAACAGAGUCCGCAGGCGGUUUAAGGGCCAGAUGCUGAUGCCCAACAUCGGUUAUGGUAGCAAUAAGAAGACCAAGCACAUGCUGCCCUCUGGCUUCAGGAAGUUCCUGGUGCACAACAUCAAGGAGCUCGAGGUCCUCAUGAUGAGCAACAAGUACGUUUUGUUGGGCGCCCUGUAUUAUUCCGCUUGGGUCUAUUUGGCUUGUUUAUUCAAACAAGUAUCAUUAGAUACGCAAUAACAUAUGAUGUAAAACAAAGUUAUCCUGGUCUUCUUUCUGAAGGUACUACAUACAACAUGGGUAGGGCCAGUUAUUUUGUGGGGUUUUUCAUUAACCAGAAUUUCCAGCAUUAUCCACUAGGUUUGCUGCAGGUAAAACAUCCUAGGAAAUGUUUAAUGGACACAAGCUGUCUUCAAUCAAUCAAUGUCUAGUUGUUUGUGAGUGUUUGGUGGGGGGAUCACCUAAGCCAGGGGAGGCGUAGCUCUGACUCUUAAUUGCACAAAGCCUAUUAUUUGGCAGGGAAUACUAUUUGUAGAUAAGUGAUUCUACACCCCACUUUGCUCAAGCUGAACCAAUCCAACAGAUAGUUGUAUCUAAAAAUGCAGACCUGCCAGCCUGCAUGAAUUUGACGUACCAUGCACUCAAUUUGAAGUCCAAGUACACUAGUACGAAAAACUACCCUAAAAAAAGCAAAAAUAGGCUUCUAGUUGGCACAUUGUGGUUUUUGACUCAACCGUCUGUUAUAGCUGAGGCAAUCAGAGGACUUGGUCGAGGAGGAAAACAUCUCUAGCUCUCCCCAUGUAGUUGUAGUACUAUCAAAGUUGGUGGAUAAAUGAAGAUAGUUCUCCGGCCGUUUACCAUUGGGGAAAAAAUUGGCAGUACCUGUCUACUUAAGAGGGUGGGUCUCCCAUAGACACCAAUGCGAUAGCAGCUGGGUCUGGUCUACUUAGUUAAUUGACUUCAAUUGAACCAGAAAAAAGCAGCUAGUGGGGUUUCUUCCUUUUCUGUCUCUGGUACCAUUUUCCUCCCUUGAGCUGGAUGGCUGUUCUCCACUUUGUCAGUUGAUGUCACUGAUGUGAAGAAAAAGGUUAGGGAAAAUUGAGAACAAACUGUUUGCCAAAUAGAUUUUACAAAGUUGUAUGUUUGUCAAGUACAUAACCACUAUUUUGUAGUUAGCUAGUUAGCUACAGCGUUGUUUAGUCAACUAAGUGAGAACACUUCCUUGUCCUCAACGGUAGUGUGCACAUGCGCAUUGACAAGCAAGGAAACGUAGUUCACUGCGUGGAUGGAAAAAGACUAGCUGUUCCGAUAAAACCGUCCUUCACAGAAAGUUACGUUAGACUGUUAAAGAUUAGUAGGCCUAUGUUUAUUAAUCAUGUAUUGAUCUUUCCUCUUGAUAUAGAUGUAUGUCAACAGUAGGCUUCUAAUGAUGUGAUAAUAGCCGCUUUACCAAUGACAAUGAAUGGUAGCCCAGUAGUCAAGACUAAGUUGAUGGAUUAGGUCGGGAAUGGAGAUCUGAAACAAGCUCAUAUAGGCCUAGUUCAGUUGUUUCAUAUUCCAAAUAGCCUACAGUAAGGUAGACCAGGGUUUCUCUAACUCUGUCCAGCGGCCCCCCAGGGUGCACAUUUUGGUUUUUUCCCUAGCACUACACAGCUGAUUCAAAUAAUCAAAGAUUGAUGAUUAGUUGGUUAUUUGAAUCAGCUGUGUAGUGCUAGUGCAAAAAUGCUCUGACUUCCUGGGGGGGAAGUUGACUGACACCCCCCUACCCAGCCUACAUCAGCAUCACCUUGUCAGAGAAUCCUAGGGAGAGCCCUGAUUUGUAAAUCAUUUGCCUAUGAUUUGAGCAGUGUGGGGUCCGCUGCAGGGCUCCACAUUGCGACCAUUUGACUUGCAUAUGCGCCUAAAGACUUUGCUGUGCGACCUGGAAUUUUAAUUUAGGAGCACCAGUGCGCCUAGAAAAAUUAAAGAUGCACUAUGCAGUAAUCGCUCCGCCAUUUCCUGGUUGCUAAAAUUCUAAUAGUUCGCCUAGUUUCAGUUUGUGUCAAAACAAGCAAGUAGAGUAUAGAGAAUCAUUGUGCCAUCUAAACCGCUGUUUGGAGCUGGUGUACAAAACCAAAAGUAAAAGAUGCAAAUACGAAACUUAAGCGCGGGAAGAAUUGAAAUAGCGCACAUAGAACAGAUCUACCGCUUCUUAGACUUGCUUUCAAUGAGAAUGACAGAUCUAUAACUCACAUUUCUAUGUGAAUUCUGUCCGGUCGGCCAAAAAUACGUAUUGCAGCUUUAAGGAUUCUAGCUUUAUAAAAUGUUCAUUGUACUCCUUACUUGGGGGCACACAUGCUCCUUGAAAAAAAAAAAAAAAAAGUCUGCAUAGAGCCCUGCGUGGGCCGGUAGUGCUGCCGCUGCGCUGAAGUGAUACUCACAAACAAAAUGCAGGGUUGGCAGGUCUGAAAAUGGGUCAAUUAGGGGCAGUUCAAGCCAACACCUUAACCGUUACGCCUAUCCCCCCCACCAAACAUUGACACAACCAGACAUUGAUUGAUUGGAGACAGCUUGUGUCAAUUUAAGAACAUUUCCUAGGAUUUUCUACCUGCAGCAAACCUAGUGAAUGAUGCUGAAAAUAACAGCCCCCCCCCCCCCCCAAAAAAAACGACCCCAAACAAGUGGCCCCAAACAGGGCAUACAUGCAACACUACAGGGUUUGUAUAUAGAGGUGCGAGCAUAGUUGAAGAGGAGCGCUUGAAUCUUGCACGUACACAAGGGUCCGUAGUGAGGUGCUACAGAAAUUACAUCUAUAAAUCACCUCUACCCACCUUAUGAUGGAAGGAUCAUCAAGGAUGCACUGUGCCUACCUUCAUGAGUCAAGUAGAUUGCUUAGAUUUUCUAGUCCUGGGAACCCACAGUUCUAGACCUGUACUAAUACACCUAGGAGAACCAUUUGAAACAGGGAGGUGCAACCAAGUUGAUCAUAUGUUCUCUAUUGCAAAAUGGUUUGCUGUGUGUACCUACUGAACACAACCCUUAUUCAACUAAUUGUCAAACCUUUAAGAUGAAAAUGUUCAGAAUGUUCCAAACAGGAGUGAAUGUCUUUACAUUCAUGAGAGAAUACAUUUUCAAACAGCUUCCAUUUAGUACCUUAAUGUUUGAAUCUGUCACUAGACAUUGCACUAAUGAUGCAAAUGUCCAAAAUAUUUUGCAGCAAGGCACAGAGGGAUUGUUCAUAUGCUUGCUUUCACUAGUGGCAGUAGCAAAUUUGGCUUUGCUCAUUAUAAUAAUUUAGGUUUGUAGUCAGUGUUCAUGCUGUUAUGUCCUGUGGCUCUGUAACGUGAAUAAACUCAGUUAUGCAUUAAUGGUACUGUAGUGGAGCACCUGGUGGACUGUAUAUUCUUAGGGUUUUCUUAUCACGUAAUGUGUGCUCUCACAGGUGCUUGUAAGGGCACAAAUUACAGAUGGGGAGGAUUCCAGUUAAGUUUGUUUAAUGAUGCUGAUUCACACAGAGCAGGAAUGCAAAGCACAUUUUAUGGGCUAAGCCACUUUAAGGCUUUGAUAGAUUGUAAUAGCCAACUGUUGUGGUUUGGAAAAUAAAUACAGUAGUAAAUAACAGUUUCUAAUACAUCCUAUGUGCUAUAAACAAUAAUAUACAUGUAACAACUUAAUUGUAUAGAUGACAACGUGACUUUCUUCACAAAUAAAGUUCAGAGGUGCCACUGCCAUGCACCACAAGGAGAACAGUUAUCACCCAACAGAAUAAACUUAAAAUGUAUAGCUACAUCCACAAGGCUCAUAGCUAACAAAAUACCCACAUAAUCUGUGUAGUAUACAUCCAUACAACCACAGGGCAUAUAAACAAGGCACUGGUGGACAUUAUGCUAUACAAACCCAAUGCUAAAUGUCUGAAGUAAUGGCAAGAAAAAAACAAAGCUAGCAAGCUUGGUAAGUUAAAAAAUUAGCAUAUGAAAGGAAUAUGACAUUAACGUCACAGAGUGCGUACACAAACACACACGAAGAGUAUGAAAUAUGUACUCUCAUCCUAUGACGGACGCACACAGGCCUUGGCCAAAACAAAGAAUGCCAACUAAAGAGAAAGCAUGAAAUAGCUGGAACUUAUCACUUGACUUUACUUCUCUAGCUGGAGAUCGCCCACAAUGCCCUGCUCCACUUGGCCGGUGGGCAGAGCCACAGCUCUUCUAUGAUGAUGAACUAAUAUUUAUUAUGAGUUGAUGGUUAAUUAUUUUCAUAGCCUUUCGUACUGCAAACAUCUAGGCUAGGUACCUUGAAAAGAAUUAAGUUGGGUAGAUUAAUACAUUCAUUAUAGCCUAGAUAGAAUACCAGAAAUGAAAGAUCAAUGGAUAGAUUGUCUGACGUGAAACCUUUUGGUUCAAAAUCCAAAUGUUAUCCAUACAUAACUUAACCUAAUUGGUACAAAAAAACGCUUCAAGGUAGUCAGCGAUGUGUGAAAUAAAAAGCAUAAUCGGGCCAAUUUACAUAACUAAGAUGGUUGUAGCGUGAGUAUCUGCUGUUAUGGUCCCAUAGCUAUCACGAUGUAACAGCGUGAAGUGCACCUGUACUUAUGUGCAGAUACUCAGUCGGACUAUGUGAGAGAAAUAUCUGCAGUGCUGCUUGUGGCAACAUAAUGCUGAGUCUCACCAUAUGCUAAAUGGCAGGGUUCCCCAACUGGCUGCCCGUGGGUGGUUUUAUUUGGCGCCCCAAGUUUUCUCACCCAAUUGUUUUUUCAAAUUUUUUAUAUAUACAUUCAUUCAUUCAUUGUUGGACAUAAACUGUGGAAAUAAGAAAACCAGCUCUAAGCGAUUGUUUAUUUUAUUUUGGAAAUCUGUUUCCAAAUAUUCCCACGUGUAAGAGAUGUACAGUGCGUUCGGAAAGUAUUCAGACCCCUUGACUUUUUCCACAUUUUGUUACUUUACAGCCUUAUUCUAUAAUGAAUUAAAUCGUUUUCCCCCCCUCAUCAAUCUACAUACAAUAACCCAUAAUGACAAAGCAAAAACAGGUUUUUAGAAUUUGUUGCACAUUUAUUAAAACUGAAAUAUUACAUUUACAUAAGUAUUCAGAGCCUUUACUCAGUACUUUGUUGAAGCACCUUUGGCAGCGAUUACAGCCUCGAGUCUUCUUGGGUAUGACGCUACAUGCCUGUAUUUGGGGAGUUUCCCCCAUUCUUCUCUGCAGAUCCGCUCAAGGUCUGUCAGGUUUGAUGGGGAGCGUCACUGCACGGCUAUUUUCAGUUCUCUCCAGAGAUGUUCAGUCGGGUUCAAGUCCGGGCUCUGGCUUGGCCACUCAAGGACAUUGAGACUUGUCCCGAAGCAACUCCUGCGUUGUCUUGGCUGUGUGCUUAGGGUCGUUGUCCUGUUGGAAAAUUAACCUUCGCCCCAGUCUGAGGUUCUGAACGCUCUGGAGCAGGUUUUCAUCAAGGAUCUCUCAGUACUUUGCUCUGUUCAUCUUUCCCUCGAUCCUGACUAGUCUCCCAGUCUCUGCCGCUGAAAACAUCCCCACAGCAUGAUGCUGCCACCUCCAUUCUUCACCGUAGGGAUGGUGCCAGGUUUCCUCCAGAUGUUACGCUUGGCAUUCAGGCCAAAGAGUUCAAUCUUGGUUUCAUCAGACCAGAGAAUCUUGUUCUGAGAGUCUUUUAGUGCCUUUUGGCAAACUCCAAGCGGGCUUUCAUGUGCCUUUUACUGAGGAGUGGUUUCCGUUUGGCCACUCUACCAUAAAGGCCUGAUUGGUGGAGUGCUGCAGAGAUGGUUGUCCUUCUGGAAGGUUCUCCCAUCUCCACAGAGGAACUCUGGCGCUCUGUCAGAGUGACCAUCGGGUUCUUGGUCACCUCCCUGACCAAGGCCCUUCUUCCCUGAUUGCUCAUUUUGGCCGGGUGGCCAGCUCUUGGAAGAGUCUUGGUGGUUCCAAACUUCUUCCAUUUAAGAAUGAUGGAGGCCAGUGUGUUCUUGGGGACCUUCAAUUCUGCAUAAAUGUUUUGGUACCCUUCCCCACGUCUCCACACAAUCCUGUCUCGGAGCACUAAAGACAUUUUCUUCGACCUCAUUUCUUGGUUUUUGCUCUGACAUGCACUGUCAACUGUGGGACCUUAUAUAGACAGGUGUGUGCCUUUCCAAAUGAUGUCCAAUCAAUUGAAUUUACCGCAGGUGGACUCCAAGUUGUAGAAACAUCUCAAGGAUGAUCAAUGGAAACAGGAUGUACCUGAGCUCAAUUUUGAAUCUCCUAGCAAAGGGCCUGAAUACUUAUGUAAAUAAGGUAGAAUUUAUAAGGUUAGAAUAAGGCUGUAACGUAGGGAAAAGGGGAAGGGGUCUAAAUACUUUCAGAAUGCACUGUGAAAUAAAAUGUAAUGUCACAUACUUGGUAGACAACAGGUGUAUACUAACAGUGAAAUGCUUACUUACGGGUCCUUUUCCAACAAUGCAGAGGAUGAGAAACAUUUAAUUGAUCGUAUACAAAUGUAAACAAGGUUUGAAAUGAUUGUUUUAGUCAAAUGAUAUCUGUUUGGGAUUCUUGUGGUCAAUUUGCGGUCUACAAAUUAUUCUACAAAGUUAUUUACCCAUUCAGAUAUAGUGUAGUGGCAAGAGGAAUUGAGUCAAAUUGUUUUCCUUUCUGUGCCACCAAAUGUUUGCAUAUAAGUUGCUGGUAAUGUUACCAGGGCCACAUUCAGUUGCAGAAUGUUGCAGAUAGAAAUUCUAAUGAAUAGAGCCAACGUUAUUCCUUAUUCAACAUGUCAGCGAGGCAUUUUGGUCUACAUAGCAUAUUUCGAUCUGAACGUUCCAAAACAUUGCGGACUGCUGAACUUGCCCCAGGUUGUUAGCUAUAGCUAAGCCAAUGAGGUAACAUGACAGAGCAUGGUGUAGCCUAAACAAAUGGUUAACGGGCAGUUCGGCAGGUAGCCUAGUUUUAGAACGGCCUGCAAUAUGCUUUAUGAAUGUUAAAUGCGACCUGCCAAUGCACGAUAGAAAGACAAAAACAUAGCGGAGGUAUUAUGGGUAAUAUGUUUUGAUCUGUAAGGGCUAGAGUCAAGCUGUUUUUUCUGAUGAAAAGACCGACUUGGCUACGUUGGCUACUGAACCUGGCUAUGAAAUAUAGAGGGGAAAGUGGGCGGGUUAAGCGAGACUACAAAUGUAGACUGUUCUAUACUCGAGGGAGAGAAACAUACCUAUACUGUUUUACUAUUAAACUCAAUGCUGCUAUUUUUUUUAAAAUUUCGUAAAGCAGGUUGUGUUUCUUAACCAAGCGAGGGGUAGCUAACUAGAAGGCUGGUGGUGACUGGUUAGCUACACGGAAAGCAAGAGAUGCGCCUGCGCGAUGAGUAUAAUCGGAGGCGGUGCCAGAGCAGAGCCGGUUAGUUCUUUUCUAGGUCUAUUUAGUCAGUUAUAGUCUCGUUAAUUGCCACUGAAAAACAGGUGUUUGACGAAUAUAUUAGUAACUAUUUGUUGACAAGUUAUCCUGCUCUCACCUUCUCCGUAGGACUCACGCUGCUGAGAUCGCCCACAACGUGUCUUCCAAGAACAGGAAGCUGAUUGUGGAGAGAGCAGCCCAGCUGGCCAUAAAGAUCACCAACCCCAACGCCAGACUCCGCAGCGAGGAGAACGAGUGA